GGGAUGGCCCAGGUGAAAGUAACAGGGGAGGCUGUGAGAAACCACCAGGACUGUGUUGAGGUGUUCUCGGACAUGGCGACUGUUAGCUCCACUGAAGAAAUUGGAGAUUUAUCGUGUGCGACCUCCACGGCUGUAGGUGUCAGCCGACGGAGCAGAGCCUUUCAGUCUCCAACGAGGAGACGCCUGCGCACAACUUUCAGCCACAAGCAGCUGGAACAUCUGGAGAUGGCCUUUGGACAGAACCAGUAUCCUGACAUCUACUUCAGAGAGGAGCUGGCACGAAUCACCAAGCUCAAUGAAGCUCGCGUACAGGUGUGGUUUCAGAACAGAAGAGCCAAGCAGCGUAAGCGUGAGCGGGCGUCCCAGAAAGCCCUUUCUCUGGGUGUUAUACCAGGCCACAGGGCACUGCUGGGCAGCAUGCACAUCCCACCAUCCAUGGCUCGGCACUAUUAUGCUCAACCCCUAGCCACAGUUCUGCCUGCCGCCAUGUUCCCCCACCACCCAACACCAGGCAGCCAGUACCCCUGUCCCUCUAUGCCACCGCAGGUGACCCCUCAACAUCAGCAUGAGGAAUGGUACAGCCCCCUGAGGAGCAACCUGACACCAACUAUGUUCUCCCUGACCUCCAUGCAGCCCCUGGACACCUCUCACUGGAGCUGA